GUUCCAAGAGAAAUUAGGGUUCUGAAUCCCAGAUUAUUCUGAAGGACAAAACUGCCCUCCCCGUUCUCCACUACUUGUUCGCUUUGGUAAUUCCUUCAAUAAUCGAUGGCAAAUAUGUUGAUGGGCGUUAUCUCUUGUUUCUCGAACGCGAGCGUCGAUCAGGCCUGCCAUAUCACCCGCGCUACCGCAGAAACGCACGAUUCCGUGACCGGCGCCGGAGCCAACUUCUCGAGGUCGAGAUUUGUUGAGAAAGAUAACGCUGUGAUCUACGCAGUGUCAGUAUCAGCCACUAAGAGAGAGAGAGAGAGGAAAAAAAAACUGGUUCGGAGUCUGAAGGAGAAGAAGAUUUAAGGGCAAAGGAAUCUCUGAGUGGAGAGAUUUAGAUUUUCUCCAUGCAAAUAGAUAUUCAAGAGCCUAUGUAUGAACAUGAAAUAGAAGACUCUAGGCCAAAUGUGGGUGGAAAUACGGUGAAUGAUGAAGAAGUGCAUGGAGAAGAUGAACCAGUUUUCAGAUUUCUGACCAGCAAUCUUGCUUUCACAGAAGAGGAUACAGUUUUUGAGCCUUAUAAGGGAAUGGAAUUUGAGUCACAUGAAGAAGCAUAUGCAUUUUAUGAAGAAUAUGCUAGUUACUUAGGAUUCACCGCCAAGAAAAGGAAUACUCGUCGUUCAAGACGAACUGGGACAUUUAUUGAUGCAAAUUUUGCAUGCUAUAGACAAGGAACCAAGCAUACAAAGCAAGGAGUCAUUAAUCCACGACCUACUAAUAAAACAGAUUGCAAAGCAAGCAUGCAUGUGAAGAGAAGGCAGGAUGGAAAGUGGUAUGUACAUAACUUUAUAAAAGAGCAUAACCAUGAGCUUUUGCCAGCUCAAGCAUAUCAUUUUCGAAGCCGCAGGUGCAUGAAUGCUAUUAGCAAGAAGCAUUUAGAAUUUUUAUGUGCUGGCCAAGUACAAACUAGUAAUAUCUGUAAUGCCAUGUCCAAUGAGUGCAAUGGAGACAAAAGUGUUUGUUAUCCAAAGAAAGAUGUCAGAAAUCAUAUAGAUAUAAAAGCAUGUUUGGCUAUAAAACAAGAUGAUAUACAAGCUUUGCUUGAUUAUUUCAUACAUAUGCAACAGGAAAACCCCAACUUCUUCUAUGUAGUUGAUUUGAAUGAUGAGCAGCGCCUGAGGAAUGUUUUCUGGGUUGAUGCUAAGGGAAGACAUGAUUAUUUCAGCUUUGGCGAUGUUGUUUAUUUUGAUACAACAUAUCUUGAAAGAAGAUAUGACUUGCCAUUUGCUCCUUUUAUUGGAGUGAAUAAUCACCUUGAGCCUAUAUUGCUUGGAUGUGCUUUACUUGCAGAUGUCACUGAAUCAACAUUUGUUUGGUUGAUGCAGACAUGGCUUAGAGCAAUGGGUGGAGUAGCUCCAAGAAUGAUAGUUACUAAUCAAGAUAAGGCUUUGAAGGAAUCUGUUGCAGAGAUCUUCCCAUAUGCAUGCCACCAAUAUUGUUUGUGGCAUGUAUUGAUGAAUAUACAUGAGAAACUAAGUCACGUAAUAAAAAGAAAUGAAAAUUUCAUGGAAGAGUUUACUAGAUGCACUUAUAAGUCAUGGACAGAGGAAGAAUUUGAAACUGCAUGGUGGAAAAUGGUUGACUACUUUCAACUUAGGGAGGAUGAUUGGAUUAGAUCAUUGUAUGAUGAUCGUAAGCAUUGGGUACCAGUUUAUAUGAAGGGUACUUCUGCUGUUGGGAUAUCUACUACCAACCGAUCUGACAGUAUUAUCUCUUUCUUUGAUACUUGUGUGCAUCAGAAAACCACUUUGAAAGAGUUUUUAACGCAAUGUAAAGUGAUUCUACAAGAUAGGCAUGACAAGGAAUCUGGAGCAGAUUCUGAAACAUGGCAUGAAAUGCCUCCUUUGAAGUCUCAUUCACCCUAUGAAAAGCAAAUGUCUACAAUCUAUACCUACAAAAUAUUCAGGAAAUUCCAAGAAGAGGUAUUGGGAACGGUUGCAUGCCAUCCUAAAAAAGAGAAAGAAGAUGGAACCCACAUCAUUUUCAGGGUUCAUGACUUUGAAGCACAAGAAGAGUUCACAGUGACAUGGAACAAAACGAAGUUGGAGGUGUCUUGUCUAUGUCGUUUAUUUGAAUAUAAAGGCUUUCUUUGUAGGCAUGCAAUGGUUGUUCUGCAAUUUUCAGCUUUGACUGAAAUCCCAUCCACGUAUAUUCUUGAACGGUGGACUAGAGAUGCAAAGAACAGGUAUAGAACAAGACAAAGAUCAGAGGAAUUGGGAUCUAGGGCACAACGCUGUAAUGAUUUGUGUCAACGAGCCCUUAAAUUGGGUAUAGAGGGAUCGAUAUCUCAAGAGAGUUACACUAUUGCAGUUUUUGCAAUUGAAGAGGCUAUUAGAAAAUGUGCAGUAGUAAACAACCCUGUAAAGUUUUCUGUGAACCCCAGCACAUCUGUAACUUGGGAUGGUUUUGGCACUGAACAGACCAUGCAAUAGGUGGUAUACCCAAUUAAAACUAGGCAAUAGAGAGGCUGCAAAGGUAAAAAGGCACGAAUUGCCUGAUUAGUACAUUUCAAUUAUAUCAAUCAAGCAUUAUAUACCAUAUAUUAUUAUAAUUCUUAGACUGUAUUUUCAUGCAUGCAGAGACAAAUAAGCCAGGUGACACAACACCUACUGGUAAUGGUUAGCAUUGGCACACAAUGGAAAUGUAAGGCAUAUAUACAUGCUAUUUAUAAUCAUGAUUAGAAAUUCUGUAUCUCCAUAUGGUAUAGUAAACAUAGUUUUAUUUCUUUUAUUGGGAUUUACAUUUGUUGUAGGAAUAACUGGUUCAAGUCCUGCCAACUUGCUACCGUGGCACUCAAUGGGGCAGGCUAUGAAUAUGAAACUAAGAUGGUUAGGCGUCCACAUUGUGACUGAACAUAGAUAGAGUGAUGACUCAAUACUUCUACGUGUAUCUUGUUUCAUAAAAUACUGUACUUACAGAAGGAAAAAGAUGGUAAAAGAAAAUAAUUGAAAAGAUUGUUCCGAUAAUUACAACGUUGCUCAUAUUUGCCUUCUCAUUUAUUUA